CCAGGCCAGUCUCCUCACUACUUUGGCUCUAACCUCAGCAGAGACACCGAGGACGAAUCCUGCAUCAGAAGCUGUCAAUCACCUUCUCCUUAUCCUGAAACAAGGACAUUGAGAAUCACCUCGAAGGCUUUUUGCUCGUCUGGAACCGAAGGCCACAACAUGGCGUCCCAAAUCCCAGCGGUCCCACAAGCCUACACUCCAAGGACUGACAGCGUCUUUUCUGUCCUGUCUGGCUUUCACUCACUGGACACUGAUGUGCCCGGGCUCUCACAGGUGAUUCUGAACAAGCUCAACAUGAAGGACUACAGAGAGUACAGGGCUGCCCUUGAGGGUAAGGCUAAAGGAGUCUCAUUCCGCAACUACAAGGAGUUGUUUGAAAAGAUGGAGGAGACCUUCAAGUUCUGCACCAGCUGCAACAAACUCCCGGAGCAUCUCACUGAGGGACAGACGCUGAAGCGUUGUGUGAAAUGCUUGAAUGUGUACUACUGUACGAAGGACUGUCAGAAAAAGGACUGGCCUCAGCAUAAAAAGGUCUGCAAGACGUUGCGUCUAGUAGCCAUUGACAGACUAGUGGAGUGGCUGAUGUUCACAGGAGACCUCCCAUUCCCAACUGAGAACUGGUCCAAGUCAACUGCUGAGGUGAGGAACUGGGACGACUGGCUUCCCAUGCAGGUGGAUCUCACAUCUCAUCUGGAUACCAUCCUGUCUGGUGCCAACAUGAUCACCCUUUGGAAGAACAUCAGCAGGCCCAGGCCGGAUAACUCAGACCUCAAAGAAUCUUUAUGGCGGAUUCAGAGCGAGUUCCUCUCUCGAGUUCUCACAGUUGGGAUGGCUAUGCAACAAUUUAGCCUUAACCCGCAUGCUAAACCGCUCACUAUUCACAUAGCAGGGGCAUCCCACAAUGAGACCAUGGGAGCAAGACUCACUGACUAUGAUGAGCUGAACAAAAUGUUCCCUGGACACCAGGGUAUCGAGAUCGUGAUGGUGGGACCAGAGGUUGUGGACGGCCCCGUCAUGAGGCCUCCUCUUACAGCGUUUGGUCCCAGGCAGAGGGUCUACAUCAGUGCCUACAAGGGUCUGUACCACCAAUACUGGGAGGAUGUUCUGGAUAAAGAGAAAGCUGCCAAGCCAGAUUUGGUGGUUGGAUUUCAUCCUGGGUUCCAUGCUAACCAGGGUCUUGGAGAAGGUUGGCUGCCCACCUUACUACUACUCAGAGAUUACAACAUCCCUUCCUUCUUCACUUUGUACUGGGAGAUGGAGCUCCAGCACUCACUCCAGAUCCUGCUGGAGUUGGAGAUGGACAUCAAGGACAGUGGACCUAAUCCAUUCACCUCACAGAAACCAGAGCAGGUCCAGGCCAGCCCCAACAAAACCCCUGUCUACUGCAGCUCUUAUUACAUCCGUUUCCAAGGACUGCUGCCUCAAGAUGAGCCUUUGCCUGACUUUUAAGACGCAAACAUGAUGGCAAUUAAACCUGUGCUCUCACAUAAAGCAGUAUUUUCAAACCAUGAUUUUUGGAUCUCCUGAGGCCCUCUGGGGAUUUUCUGUAGCCUUUUUAGAGACUUGACUGGCUGAUAAGGACGUUGAAGCUAACUCUCUUUUUUGGAGCAUUGAGUUUUUCACAGUUAAAAAAAUCCCUUCAACUCAUAUUAAACAUAUUCAGAUGAAUUCUUGAGCUUUCAAUUAACAAGAUUUAAUACAGAAAUCAAUCAAAACUCAUUAUUUAGCCUGAUGGUACCUGAGGGCAGAGAACAAAGCUUUGUACUCUGUCAGUGCCCUGGGGUAAAAUGCUUUUUUGAUAUUAAGGUUCAUGGGUGUACAUACAUAAUGAGACCAAAAUUGGUUUUGUCAUCAUUUGACGAUUUUCUGCUAAUUGUUCAGCGGCUAGAAUUAUUCCCUAGUCUCAUAUUAAAUGCAGGAUCAGAUCAAAUGCAUGUGAUGUUACACGUGAUGCCAUGUUAAUGCCACAGUGUCUGAAUUUGACUAAAAUUCAGCUUUUCUCUUUG